AUGCCCCACCAACAGCACGACCCGCAAGGCACCCCGGAGGAAGCCGACAAGAUAACAUCCGGCUUCACCCCGGGCGCCCUGGGCCAGACCAUCUCGCUCCCCAUCCCGCGCAUCGUCCACGACUUCCGCCUGCAGGCCCAGCUCGACCGCAAGAUCGCCCUCGGCAAGUCCCCCUGGGGCGAGCGCAACUGGAUCGGCAUCCGCAGCGGAGAAUGGAGCGCGACGUGGGGGAAGGGCACGCUCGUCCCCGGCGGCCAAGACGCCCAGCUCCUGACGGACACCAAAGCCACCUUCGUCGACACGCGCUACCUCAUCGCCACGUCGGACGCGGACCGCGCGGCGCACAUCAUGGUCCGCACCGAGGGGUGGCGCACGGGUCCGCCCGACGUCCUGACCCGCCUGCUCGACCCCGUCGAGGGGGACAAGGUCUCGGCCGACGAGUACCGGUUCCGGAUCUUUGUCAAGUUCGAGACCGGGGACGAGCGGUACCGGUGGCUCAACGAGGCGAUGUGGAUCGGCAGCGGCGUCCGGAGAGGGUUGGAAGUUGUGACAUGCCUUGGUGUUGUUCCGCAGUAG